CCAAGUGCCGCGACGUUGAACAGCGUGUUUGCUGAUGGCACCACAAAGUAUCUUGUUUAUGCUCAGGAAAAUAAGUUCAUUGACAUGAGCUGGACUGAGCCUGCACCUCAUCUUAUUUACCAGCAAUCCAGCUGAUGAGAAUAUGCGUUUCAAAGGAACAGGGCUGACUCCUCUGCCACCUUCCAUUGACUUUCCUUCAAGAGGAAUUCGCGAUCGUCCUUCUUUGGAGUCAGUUUGACAUCGUAGACCACACUAGUCUAAAGCCACUCUAGUACAGUGUAUAAGGUCGAGGUGGCGCAACACGUAGUGAGAGCUGUUCCGGUGUGUAGCCACAUCCUGUAUUACUCUGACAGCCUGCUUGGACGGAUUGAGUUGAAGCUGCUUGUUGGACAAAGCUUCCGUUGCACUACAAGAAUGCUUGAAGUGCCUGACAAGGAACUAUGUGGCCUUCCAGCCGAUAAAUACAUUGAUCGAGACGCAGUUCUACUCUUUCAAGAUAUCCUCCUGCUCAAGAUGCCAGCUUAUCGUCAUCUGCUGUUCAACGCCAGCAUCCAACGAUCGGUUUACCUGAAGCUGGCCUUGAUGACGUUGCUCUGCAAUGCCUAUAUCAAGCAAGAAUCUGGAUAUCGACACCAAACUGAGACGGGUGACUUUACUCUGCUGGAGCUGCGCUUCUAUGCGUCCUUGGCGGUUGCUGUCAUUGGUUUCAUUGCGUACUUGGUGGUGGCCUCGGGACUGGUGAAAAUGUUCAGCUCAGCGUCAAAGCUAACGUAUGGCAGGAUUGUUGAAACACUGGUGUUGACUAGCUUUGCACAGCUCUUAGCUGUAGCUGCUGCUGUGUGGGGAAGAGAUGCUGUGCAGCUGCUGAGAUUCCUUGCGGAGUUACUGGGGAUUGCUGCCAGCUCGCAUGCAAUACAAGCUCUGUCCCAAUGUGGUCAGGUGACUGCAUACGGUGUGAUUGGAGUAGCAUGGUUGAUGCGCUUCACCAUUGACUGGUACCUGCUGGCCACCUUUCAGGGAUUUGUCUCAUGAAACACAGUGCAGCACAAGCAAUCGCUUUUGAGAGAUAAUAUGUGAAAGUCCUACGCAAGUGCAGUUCUAUGCUAAGACGCUGGUGUUAUGCACUGCAUGUGGUGCCCCAAUCCACACAAGUACAGAUUCUACGCUGAGACACUAUACUGGGGCUAUGGACUGUGGUGCCCCAAUCUACACAAGUACAGAUUCUGCACUGAUCACUGGUGCUAUGGCUUGUGUGACACUCCAAUCCACCGAAGGACUGAUUCUACACUAACUUAUGCACUGGCGCACUGUGGAGUGUGGUACCCCAAUCUACACACGUCUCUAGGCAGUAGCCAUUGGAUUGCAGAGUCAGUAACGGCAGAUAUCCAACCUACAUACUCAAGACAUUGAGUUUGUUAAGAGCUGCAGCUGCUGGCAGGAUGUGGAGAGUUUCCACCCUGGCACAUGCACAGGAACACUCACUGAUCAUCCUGGAGUGCAGCAGAAUAUCAAGGCUGAGCUAGAAAGGGCAAUCGCACAACCGAUCGUGGCCUUUCCCAUGGUGGCACGAUGCUACACCACAUUCAGCGUCAACAAUCACUAGCACUGUUUACCAUGUUUACUGAACAGCUCUGAAUUAUUUAUCGAUCAACUCUUUUCUUGAACUUCCCCCCUCUCUCUCUCUCUCUCUGGUCCAACUCGCGACCCGUGCUUUAUUAGAGAUGUGUCUUUGCUCUUAUUAUUUUGCGUGCAUUUUGUCACACGUACA